CCUGCUGCACUGCUUUCCACUGCAAGCGCUCACGGACUCAGCACUACAGCACACGGACGCUAUUCGCCCUCCAGCUCUCCGCAGUAAAACGCACGGCUCCUCUUAUUCAUGCGCACUGCUCUCUCCUGCGCCGCUCUCUCUUUCUCUCUCUAUGCGGCGCCCUGGACGUUUUUCCUGCUAUUCAUUUUCCUAACGGGAGAUCAUGAUGAUGAGGCACCGAUAUUAAGAGCGUAACACCUUCCGGAAAAGCGAUCGCAAACCUGCAAGACGCCGGAUAGACGCCUUCUUCAGAAAUGAAUCAUUCGGACUGAACUGGAUUCUUUCCUCCCUUUGAUGCUGAGAAAAGAGACAAGGUUGCCAUGGAAGUGAAAGAACGCAGACCCUACCGCUCUCUGACCUCCAGACGGGACGCGGAACGCCGGUACACCAGCUCCUCGGCUGACAGCGAGGAUGGCAAGCUCAAUCCCAAGUCCUACAGCUCCAGCGAGACCCUCAAAGCUUUUGACCAGGACCCCAGAUUGGCCUAUGGCAGUCGGGUCAAAGACGUGGUGCACCAUGAAGCUGAUGAGUUCAGCAGGCAAGGGACAGACUUCUCUCUGAGAGACAUGGCUUUUGGAGAUUCCGUGCCGCCCCAUAUGGCAGCAUAUAGGACAGAAAUGGGCCUUCCCCACCGCGACUACUCAGUGAGCGUGGGAUCAGACGCUGACACAGAAACGGACGGCAUCAUGUCCCCGGAGCACGCCGUCCGACUCUGGGGCCGUAGCAACACCAAAUCCGGCCGAAGCUCCUGCCUUUCCAGCAGAGCCAACUCCAACCUCACCCUUACUGACACCGAGCAUGAAAAUACAGAAAACGGUCCUCCUCUUCAUUGCUCAUCUGCCUCCUCUUCCCCUGUCGACUCCCCUUACCCUCCCCCUUCCCAUGCAGCCAAUCAGAGCCAGGGAAGGUUGCUAGGUAACAGUGGGGCUCAGGCCGGCCCGGACUCUGAGUCAGAAGAUGAGUUUGGCCCCAAUUCAUUCUUAGUUAAAACCGGCUCAGGGAACAUCGGUGCUCCAGCCACUGCAACUCCUAACGAGGGCUCGUUCCAGAACCACUCUCGAUUGCGGACACCACCAUUGCCCCUGUCACACUCCCACUCCCCUAGUCAGCAUCACGCCGCAUCCAUUGGCUCUCUGAGCCGCAGCAACUACACCCAGCGCAGUAACCCGAGCCCGGCACCCACCGAUAGCUCAGCUCCCAAUGAGGGUCCUACAAGUGCCCAGGAUUCAGGCAGUGCCCAGGACAACUGGCUUCUCAACAGCAACGUUCCUCUAGAGACCAGAAACAUAGCAAAGCAGACAUUCCUAGAGACUUUACAAGACAACUUUAUAGAGAUGGACAUACUGGCCACAGCUCGCCGCGACGGUGCUUACAGUGAUGGACAUUUUCUGUUCAAGCCUGGCGGGACUUCCCCCUUGUACUGCACAACUUCACCUGGCUACCCUUUGACGUCCAGCACUGUCUACUCUCCCCCUCCCCGGCCCCUGCCGCGGAACACCUUCUCACGACCUGCCUUUAGCCUGAAGAAACCCUAUAAGCACUGCAACUGGAAAUGUGCUGCCCUCAGUGCCAUCCUCAUCUCUGUCACCCUGGUGUUCCUGUUGGCUUACUUUAUUGCCAUGCACCUCUUCGGACUCAACUGGCAUUUGCAGCCAAUGCAGAGGCAGAUAUAUCAGCUGACAGAGGACAACACGAGUGGCCUACAUCUGCCCACAGAUCUUGGCUUGCCACCUCUGGGCAACACAGGUCUCGAGUUUCCGGAUCGAGGAAGCAAAGAUGACGGUAAACUAGAUGGCUUUUUCCCGGAGGACAGCUUCAUAGACAUGGGCGAGAUAGACGUGGGCCGCAAAGUCGCUCAGCUGAUCCCGCCUGGAAUUUUCUGGAGGUCGCAGGUUUUUAUUGACCACCCCAUGUACCUCAAAUUCAAUGUCCUCAGUAAAGAUGCCUUGGUGGGGAUCUAUGGGAGAAGAGGCCCCCCAUCACAUACGCAGUUUGACUUUGUGGAGCUGUUGGAUGGCCGUCGGCUCCUGUCGCAAGGGUUGCCAGGCCUUGAGGGUCCGCCUUUUCCAGCUCAGCAGCGAAGCCUGAUGCCACUCACCAGUCACGAUACAGGCUUUAUACAGUACAUGGACUCGGGCAUCUGGCACUUGGCUGUGUACAAUGAUGGGAAGGAGACAGAGCAGGUGUCCUUUCUCACAACUGCGAUCGAUUCUAUCGAUGACUGUCCUAGUAACUGUUUUGGAAAUGGAGAUUGUGGCCGGAAACUGCCACUGUUUUCCCGGCUUCAGAGGACCUGGACUGCAGUAGGGUGGGAACGGUCCAGUAUCUCAAGGCCGCUGCAUGUGUCACACCAAGCGGAUGGAAAGGAUCCGAAUGCGAAGGUUCCCACCAACCAGUGCAUCGACAUUACCUGCAGCGGACAUGGCACAUGCAUUGUGGAACUUGCAUCUGUAAUCCUGGCUACAAAGGGAGAACUGCGUAAGAAGUGUAAACGUGAGAAGUCUGGAGCAACCACUCAUGCCUCUAGCUCGUCUGUGUCUUGUCCAUGGGAAGCCAGGAUGGAUGGCCCACAGGAUCUGAAGGAGGGAGGCUGGUGGAGGGUCGUGGACUCUGCCAACCGCGCAAUGCAUAAUGGAUGUUCAGUGCAGCUGUGUAAGCGCUGCAGAGGGGUUCAGGAGGAGGGGGCGGGGAUUCUGAGGGUGCUGGGCGGCAGCCUCUCUGAGAUUAAAGCAUGCUAUGCACCACCCAGGCCACCCCUUCCACCUCCUUUCUUUCUUACCCAUAGAGAGGCUGUGUGGCUAAGCGUGAAACGGCAGGGGGUCGCGCGAGGUGGUUUGUGGCCCUCGGAGCUGUUUCAGCCUGAUGCGCAGGUGCGCUCACAUGGGUUGAUGGACUGCAUGGACCCGGACUGCUGUUUGCAGACAUCAUGUCACACCACCUCGCUGUGUGUGGGCUCUCCUGAUCCACUGGAUAUUAUCCAGGAGACCCAGAUCUUCCCACUCUGAGCACCCUGCAGUCCUUCUACCAGCCGUAUCCGCUUCCUGGUGGGCAGGGACAGCACCCACGUCAUCCCUGGUACCAACCCCUUUGAUGGCAUUCAUGCCUGUGUUAUCCGAGGACAAGUAGUGACUUCAGAUGGGACUCCGCUGGUCGGUGUAAAUAUCAGCUUCAUUAACAAACCAGCCUAUGGGUAUACCAUCACCAGACAGGACGGCAGCUUUGACCUGGUGAGUAACGGGGGUGUGGCUGUAGCCCUGAGGUUUGAGCGCGCUCCGUUCAUCACCCAGGAGCACACCUUAUGGUUGCCGUGGGGACGUUUCUUUGUCAUGGACAGCAUCGUGAUGAGACACGAGGUCAAUGACAUCCCCAGCUGUGACCUGAGCAGCUUCACCCGUCCCAUGCCCAUUGUCCUGCCUGCCCGCUGUGCGGCGUUCGCUGGGACCUGCGUCGAGAGGGGCAACAUUGUUCAGAGAUUCAGUUUCACUUCUCUCUCUCUCCAGACCCUCCAGGAGGAUGUGCGGAUCCCAGGUACAGAUGUGCUUUUGAGUUACCUGAGCAGCCGGACAUCCGGGUACAAGUCCCUCCUGCGCAUCACCCUGACCCAUUCCACCAUCCCGUUCAGCCUGAUGAAGGUGCACCUCAUGGUGGCCGUCGAAGGAAGGCUCUUCAGGAAGUGGUUCUCCGCUGCACCCAACCUCUCCUACGACUUUGUCUGGGAUAAGGCAGAUGUCUACAGCCAGAAAGUUUAUGGACUGUCUGAGGCUUUCGUGUCUGUGGGCUUCGAGUACGAAUCCUGUCCGGAUCUCAUCCUCUGGGAGAAACGAACGGCCGUCCUGCAAGGAUAUGAAACCACUGCGUCCAACCUGGGUGGCUGGAGCGUGGACAAACAUCAUGCUCUGAAUAUCCAAAGUGGUAUCCUGCACAAGGGUAACGGCGAGAACAUAUUCAUUUCCCAGCAGCCCCCUGUCAUCGGAAGCAUCAUGGGUAAUGGGCGAAGGCGCAGUAUCUCCUGUCCAAGCUGCAACGGGCUGGCGGACGGAAAUAAGCUGCUCGCACCUGUAGCUUUAGCCUGUGGGUCAGAUGGUAGUCUGUAUGUGGGGGAUUUCAACUACGUCCGUCGGAUCUUCAACGGAAAUGUCACGAGUGUCUUAGAGCUCAGCAAUAGUCCUGCGCACAAGUAUUACCUGGCUACUAGUCCCGUUUCUGGGGCCCUGUACCUUUCAGACACCAGCAGCAGGAAGGUGUUUAAAGUAAAAUCUCUGAACACAGUGAAGGAUGUGGCAAAGAAUCUAGAGCUGAUUGCUGGCACAGGCGAUCAGUGUCUACCCUAUGAUGAGACGCGCUGCGGGGACGGAGGCAAGGCUGUGGAGGCCACACUUACCAACCCUAGAGGCAUUACUGUGGAUAAGUAUGGCGUGAUCCUCUUUGUAGACGGCACCAUGAUCCGCCGCAUCGAUCAGAACGGUAUCAUUUCCACGCUGCUGGGCUUCAACGACUUGACCUCAGCACGACCCCUGAGCUGUGACUCAGUGAUGGACAUCUCACAGGUGCGUCUGGAGUGGCCCACUGAUCUGGCUGUGAGCCCGAUGGACAAUUCGCUUUAUGUUCUGGACAACAACGUAGUCCUGCAGAUCUCAGAGAACCAUCAGGUGAGGAUUGUAGCAGGAAGGCCAAUGCACUGCCAGGUACCCGGCCUGGACCACUUCCUAGUCAGCAAAAUUGCCAUCCAUGCCACCUUGGAGUCCGCCAACGCUCUCGCCGUCUCCCACAACGGCUUGCUUUACAUCUCUGAGUCAGACGAGAAGAAGAUCAACCGUGUGCGCCAAGUCUCAACCAAUGGAGAGAUCUCUCUGGUCGCUGGUGCCCCCAGUGGCUGCGACUGCAAGAACGACGCUAACUGCGACUGCUACUCAGGAGACGACGGCUACGCCAAAGAUGCCAAGUUAAAUGCACCCUCCUCUUUGGCGGUUUCGCCCGACGGAGAACUCUUCAUUGCCGACCUGGGUAACAUACGUAUCCGAUAUGUCAGGAGGAACAAAGCGUUCCUCAACCCGCUCAACAUGUAUGAGGUUUCUUCGCCCAUUGAUGACGAACUCUACUUGUUUGACGUUAAUGGGAGUCACAUCUUCACUCAGAGUCUGACCACUGGAGACCACCUGUACAACUUCACCUACUCUGGCGAAGGUGACCUGAGCAGCAUUGUGGACAAGAAUAAGAACAAAGUGACCAUUCGUAGAGACACAACGGGACUGCCGCUCUGGCUGAUGGGUCCUGAUGGCCAGACGUUCUGGUUCACCAUUGGAACUAAUAAUGCGCUGAAGAGUGUUGCUGCCCAGGGUCAAGAGCUUGCCAUGAUGACUUAUCAUGGAAGCUCAGGUCUGCUGGCUACAAAAAGCAAUGAAGACGGAUGGACUACUUUCUACGAGUAUGACAACUAUGGGCGGCUGACAAACGUGACUUACCCCACGGGCAGGGUGAGCAGUUACCGCACUGAUUCAGACAGUACUGUCCGGGUACAAACCGAGGGCUCCAACAAAGAGGACAUCACGGUCACCACCAACCUCUCGGCCUCAGGAACCUUCUACACGCUCAUGCAGGAUCAAGUCAAAAACAGUUACUACAUUGGUCUGGAUGGCUCUUUGCGUCUGGUAUUGGCCAACGGUAUGGAAGUGUCUCUUCACACGGAGCCUCACCUGCUGUCAGGAACAGUCAACCCGACCAUAAGCAAGAGAAAUGUCACUCUGCCCAUUGACAAUGGACUCAAUCUGGUGGAAUGGAGACAACGGAAAGAACAGGCACGAGGACAGGUCACGGUGUAUGGACGCAGACUCAGGGUUCAUAACAGGAACUUGUUAUCCAUGGAUUUUGACCGAAUAACGAGGACUGAGAAAGUCUAUGAUGACCACAGGAAGUUUACCUUGAGGAUUCACUAUGACCAUGCAGGAAGGCCUACUUUGUGGGCUCCAAGUAGUCGGCUAAAUGGUGUCAAUGUCACAUACUCACCAGGUGGCCAUAUAGCAGGCAUCCAAAGGGGCACUAUGUCAGUCCGAAUGGAAUAUGACCAAAAUGGAAGAAUCACCUCAAAGAUAUUUGCAGAUGGAAAGUCAUGGAGCUACACUUACCUUGAAAAAUCCAUGGUGCUGCUGCUAUAUAGCCAGCGACAAUACAUCUUCGAGUUUGACAAGAACGAUCGCCUCUCUUCAGUAACAAUGCCCAAUGUGGCCAGGCAGACCUUGGAGACCAUCCGUUCCAUCGGCUAUUACAGAAAUACAUACAAGCCACCUGAGGGCAACUCCACAGUUUUGCAAGAUUACAGUGAAGAUGGACUGCUCCUGCAAACCAUCCACCAAGGAACAGGGCGUAGAGUCAUUUACAAGUACGGGAAACUCUCCCGUCUACUGGAAAUCCUUUACGAUACAACACGAAUUGCCUUUUCUUAUGAUGAAUCUGCAGGCAUGCUGAAAACAGUGGGGCUACAAAGCGAAGGCUUUGCAUGUACCAUACGCUACAGGCAGAUUGGACCACUCAUUGACAGACAGAUCUUUCGUUUCAGUGAGGAGGGCAUGGUGAACGCUAGGUUUGACUACAACUAUGACAACAGCUUCCGGGUCACCAGCAUGCAAGCCGUCAUUAAUGAGACCCCCUUGCCUAUUGACCUGUAUCGCUACGAUGACGUCUCAGGCAAAACGGAGCAGUUUGGCAAGUUUGGAGUCAUUUACUAUGACAUUAACCAGAUCAUUACCACAGCUGUCAUGACUCACACCAAACACUUUGAUGCUUAUGGACGAGUUAAAGAGGUGCAGUAUGAGAUUUUCCGUUCUCUGAUGUUCUGGAUGAUGGUACAGUAUGACAACAUGGGACGAGUGGUGGCCAAGGAGCUUAAAGUUGGGCCCUAUGCAAAUACCACCCGUUACGCCUAUGAAUAUGAUGCUGAUGGGCAACUCCAAGUGGUGUCCAUCAACGACAAGCCUCUUUGGCGCUAUAGCUAUGAUCUGAAUGGAAAUUUGCAUCUUCUUAGUCCUGGUAAUAGUGCCAGGCUUACACCGCUACGCUAUGACAUUCGUGACCGCAUUACUCGAUUGGGUGAUGUGCAGUACCGGCUGGACGAAGAUGGAUUCCUCAGGCAGAGAGGCAAUGACUUCUUUGAGUAUAACUCUGCUGGGUUGCUUGUUAAAGCAUACAACAAAGUUAAUGGGUGGACCAUCAAGUACCGCUAUGAUGGGCUGGGCAGGAGAGUAUCUAGUCGAAGCAGCCAAGGCCACCAUCUGCAGUUCUUCUACGCAGACCUGUCCAGUCCCACCAGAGUCACACACAUGUACAACCACUCAAGUUCAGAGAUUACCUCGCUUUACUAUGACCUUCAGGGCCACCUUUUUGCCAUGGAGUUGAGCAGUGGAGAUGAGUUCUACGUUGCCUGCGACAACAUCGGUACACCAUUGGCUGUAUUCAGUGGUGCCGGUCUCAUGAUCAAACAGAUCCUGCACACAGCUUUUGGGGAAGUUUAUUUGGACUCCAACCCAAGUUUCCAGCUAGUUAUAGGCUACCAGGGCGGCCUUUAUGAGCCCCUUAUAAAGCUUGUCCACAUGGGACGCAGAGAUUAUGAUGUUCUUGCAGGCCGAUGGACCACUCCUGACCAUGAUGUUUGGAAGCGACUCAACAGCAACAACAUUGUACCCUUCAACCUCUACAUGUUUAAGAACAACAACCCACUUAGCAACAACCAAGAAACCAAGUGCUACAUGACAGAUGUUAACAGCUGGCUAGUGACAUUUGGUUUCCAGCUAUACAACGUCAUCCCUGGCUACCACAAACCUUCCACGGACACCAUGGAGCCUUCUUACGAGCUCAUUCACACUCAGGUGAAGACUCAGGAGUGGGAUAGCACCAAGUCCGUUCUGGGGGUACAAUGUGAAGUCCAGAGACAGCUGAAGUCUUUUGUCCGGUUGGAGCGCUUUGAACAGAUCUAUGGGUCAAGUGAUUCCGGUUGCCCUCAAACGCCUCUCCACACGCUCUUCGCCACAGGGGCCUCACUCUUCGGAAAAGGUGUGAAAGUAGCCAUCCGGGAGGGUCGGGUUGCUGCCGACAUCAUUAGCCUGGCCAAUGAGGACGGACGGCGGAUUGCGGCAGUCCUAGACAAAGCCACCUACCUCCAAGAUUUACACUUCACCAUCGCAGGUUUGGACACUCACUACUUUGUCAAAUCGGGACCAGUAGAGGGCGAUCUGUCUCUGUUGGGCAUGACGGUGGGCCAGCGCACACUGGAGACAGGUGUCAACGUGACAGUCUCGCAGGUCAACACGGUCCUCAGUGGGCGUUCACGUCGCAUAACCGACGUCCAGCUGCAGUACGGUAUGCUGUGCCUCAACGUCCGCUACGGCAGCAGCCACGAUGAAGAGAAGGUUCGUGUGCUAGAGCUGGCACGUCAGAGGGUCGUCGCGGCUGCCUGGGCUCGUGAACGUCACAGACUACGGCAAGGAGAAGAGGGUUCUCGAGCUUGGACGGACGGGGAGAGGCAGCAGCUUUUGAGUGCCGGACGCGUGCCGGGCUACGAGGGCUUCUACAUAGUAUCGGUCGACCAGUUCCCAGAGUUGGCCGACAACGUAAAUAACAUCCAUUUCUUGCGACAGACUGAGAUGGGUCGCAGGUGACAUGAAUGCGAGGGGAACCCGUGCUCGGACUCCGCGUCCAAGACUUCUUGCCAAAGACAAGUUGCGUUUGUGACCAUAUUAUGUUACUUUAUUUUUAUGUUGACUGUGCCAGACUUAUUUUUUUAAUACAUGACGUACAUGGUUGAAAACAGUUGCACUGUUUCAACAACAGCAGAGUGCCCUUCUCUCUUUUGGUAAGUCUUAUAAUAACCCCCUUUGCCCCUUAAGUGUGGCUUCUAGAAGACGGCAUAUGGCAGUGGCGACGGUUUAUUCGGUUCUGCCUUCGAGUUUGUGGGUUUGCUCAAAGGAAUAUAGGAAGAAGGCUGGUAAUGCAUUAUGCUCACUGGCUCAGCCUGCUGCCAGACGAGCAGAUUGUUAUUCACGAGCUUCACUCCACUCUGCCUUUUCCUGCGCCUCAGCCAAGGAGAGACCUCUUUUAAUCGCUUCUUUUUAUACUUGAAAGCCCACCGGCUGUGUCAUACUUAAACAAGGACAUUGGUGUUUGCAGUGCAUCGCUACCAGUUCAGAUUCCUAGCUGAACCCAUCUCAUGUUCAAAACUUGUUGUGGUGUCUUGUAAUAUUUUGGGACUAGGUGGCUUGCUGGUAACAUUGUUUUUUUUAUUAUUAUUUUUUUUUUAUUUCUUAUUUUGACCAAAUGGCUUAAAACAUUAAUAGAAAGGGGAAAGAAGAAUAAAGUAUGCACACUUCUGGAAAAUUGAAAAAAUUCACUGAAAUUUUAGAAACAAAAAGGAAAUAGGUAGCCCCAUGGUCUUUAAAUGUACUUGAAAUGAAAAUUAAAUGACACUGUUUAAAAGAAAUUAGCUCCAAAAUCUAGUGAGCUGCUUACCUAGACAGCAUUUUUAAGGGUUGUUCUGACUUGACAGCUGUUCCAGUUGGCAGUUAGAUUUAUUCUUGUUCGAGGCAGCAUUGCAUGUGUGCUUUAUUUUGAAGGCCUAUAAAAAAAUCAAGAUGACCAACAAUUUGAGAGAAAUGUUCAGAAAUUCACUACGUCUAUCAAUACAAAUAAAAUAAAGUAUCAAUAGUAGUUAUCUUAACUACGGACUUAUAUGGACUCUUAUCCAAUAUUUCUAUGCUAUGUAUUAUUAUGCAUAUUAGAGUAUCAUGCAUUUAGCAACAUGCUAACAUCAAAUACUAUUAAACACUAUUACAGUCAGUUCUCUUAUGUCAUUUGUGUACCAUGCAGAGAUCCAGAUUAAUCACUUAUGAUCAUUCAUUAUUGUUAGGGUGCUGCCUACCAUGGCGUCUCACUAGGUUUUGGAAUGGAGCUACUGAUACUAUAAAGAAGGUUUUCUUUUUAUUUAUAUAUAUAUGAUAGUUUGAAAGCAACACGUUAUUUCAUGGUAACAUUCACAACAGUAUAAAAAUUGUGGAAGCAUACAGAAAUGUGAACACUUGUCCCUUUUUAUUGCUAAUUGUUGUACUUGAACAAUGCCUAGUGUUUCAACACAUGGAAUAAAGUCCAGAAAAUCGGUCAAUUCAAUUAAUUUGUUUUCAUGUUUAAAACAAAGAGUUGCAUAUGGACCAUUCCUAAGAAUGACAGUAUUUAUUUUAGUGCUGUGUUUUUUAGAGGACUAUACAUCCUCAUGUUUGUCAGUGAAAUAAAAGCUUCAAGCGUAAAGCGGCAUGAAUGCUUAAAAAAAAAGAAGAAGCACAUUACUUAAACGUGCACUCAGACUCCUUUUCUUUCUUUUUUUUUAAAGAAAUGUACUGAGUGCUGCAAGCACUGCACAUUGUGGUAUGGAAAGGUGACAACCCCUGUGAACAGCCUUUGCCCCGAGGGUCUCCCAAGCAUGGGGCAACGUCGUAAGUGCUCUGAAUGUGAGAGUCUGCAAGCUGCCUGAAAUGCAUUAAAGCCUGAAGGUGCGUCGUUUAGAGGUUGAAAUGCACGUCAACCCAUCGUCUGGAUAUGUGAAUUUCAAAGACCGUCUAUUUCUGGUUGGAUGGUGUUAAUAUGUCAGACAUGAUGGUGCAUCGGUUUAUGAAUCUGCCCCUGCUGUCACUCUUGGGGAAAUCACUUGGGAAUGGUCACCAAGAUGAAUAGAUCAAGCAUUUUAAGCUGUAUAAUAUUGUCGAGCAUAGUUUGGUUUAUUUUACUGUCAUUAGUGACAUAAGGAGUCUGACGAUAUCGCUGUAUUUAAAAAGAAUGAAGGAAAAAAUGCAAUGUGUUUAAUUGCACUGACAUGCAUCGUAAGGCUUUUAUUUUUUUUUUUACUUUUGGACUCAUUUGGACUUUUCGUUUGUUCUCAACACUGUGUUUUUAAAUGCUUCUCUUUGAAAAUGUAAAUAAGAUGACAAGAAAUGGGCUGUAAAUAAAAUGCAAAUGUAGAUACCUUUUAGAGCUACAGCAGUGAAUCUGUGUAGUCUUUAGUUAAAGACGAAAAAAUAAAGAAUAUUUUGUGUUUACAUUUA